CUCGGUAUUAACAUCUACAACUCUCUGUUUAUCAAUAGAAACAAUUUGAGCAUUUCUCAUCUCAUUCAGUCUCAACAUGGAUCUACUUUUGUAACAGAGCCUCACACAAGAUGAUUAAGAUUUCUAUUUUGAGCGUGUUGCUGCCGCACCUAGUUUAUACCAUAGUACGUAGUACAACUGAGAUAAUCCAAGAACGCAAUACCAAUAACAAUAAUAACAACGACGAAUGCGGUAUCACUAGCUACUACACCGAUAGCACAAAUAGUCUGAUUCCCAACAGUGAAUACGCAUUACCAGGCCAGUGGCCGUGGGUGGUUGCACUCAACGUAGAUGAUCAAUUUGGAUUUCGGUGUGCUGGUUCCAUUUUGACAAACAUACAUAUUCUAACAGCGGCAAAAUGUUUGGAGAUGUAUAACGCUCAAUACGAUAUUAUGAAGGUGGCUUUCGGACAAUUUAAACUCCGCCGAUUUAAAUACGGUUUUAGUAGAAUAGUGGGGACCGUGAAUCGGAAAAUCGCGAGCUACAAGAUCCAUCCCGAUUUCGUGCACACAAGCGAGAACGCGACCGAUUCCGAUCUGGUGAUUUUAACUCUCAAUACGCCAGUCAAGUUUAGCGCUUUCAUCAGACCUAUUUGCCUGUGGUCCGGUUUAACCGAUCUUCAAAAUGUCGUCGAUAGAACAGGAUAUGUCGUGGGAUGGGUCAGAAACAAGUAUUAUAGUCGUAAACCAGUCUCCGAACCACGGAUGCUGAGGAUACCGAUAGUGAGUCAGGAGACCUGUCUCCGGAGUGAUCAGGAUUUCGGCAGUAUCACCUCGAACCGUACUUUCUGCGCUGGUUUGCUAGGCGAGAGCAAUUUUUGCGACGCUGACGGGAGCGGGCUGGUGCUUUUCAACAACUCCACGGGCCGUUAUCACUUGCGCGGCGUCUUGUCGGAAUACUUUAUGGAUUUAUCUUAUUCGUGCAAUGUCAACAGGUACAGCGUCUACGUGGACGUGGCUAAAUACUUACCCUGGAUUCACCAACAGAUUUCCAUCACAUAACGCUGGUCUCUCGCCGCAAAACGCAAAAUGUACCAGACGACAAGUUUAAAAAAGAGAAAAGAGACAAAUUUUUAAAUAAAUUCUUACGUGACAAUGA